AUGCUCAGCCUCAGGUGGUUCGUCUACGACUUCGCCGCCAGCACCAAGGACAGCGGCGGCGGCACCAAGGACAGCGGCCCCCCUGUCAUUGGUAUGUUCAUGCUGCACACGCACGAACUCCACUGCGGGCAGUCUCCAGAGAUGCCGCCGGUGACACGACCAUGUGCCCAUAGUGGGGUGAGCUCACCUGGCAGCACGGGCUCACCUCACCGUUCCCCUACUCACAGGUACCUCCGCACUCUGUACCUGGGGCUGCAGAGCCGGUGGCAGGCCGAGCACCGCCGCCGCCACUUCUACUGGCGGAUGAUGUUCGAGAGCGCAGACAUCAGCAUGCUGCGGCUGCUCGAGGCCUUCCUCAAAAGCGCGCCCCAGCUCGUGCUGCAGCUCAGCAUCAUGGUGCAGCAGAACAGCAUCGAGCCGCUGCAGGGACUCUCAGCCUCGGCCUCGCUGGUCUCGCUGGCCUGGAUGAUCGCCUCCUACCAGAAGGUGCUGCGGGACUCGCGGGAGGACAAGAUGCCCAUGUCCUACAAGGGCGCCGUGGUGCAGAUCCUCUGGCACCUCUUCACCAUUGCUGCUCGUGCCAUCGCCUUCGCCCUCUUCGCCUCCGUGUUCCAGCUCUACUUCGGCAUCUUCAUCGUCACCCACUGGUGCAUCAUGACCUUCUGGAUCAUCCAGGGUGAGACAGAUUUCUGCAUGUCCAAGUGGGAGGAGAUCAUCUACAACAUGGUGGUGGGCAUCAUCUACAUCUUCUGCUGGUUCAACGUCAAGGAGGGACGGAGCCGCUAUCGCAUGUGCAUCUACUACAUCAUCACGCUGUCCGAGAACGCCGCCCUCACCAUCCUCUGGUUCCUGUACUACGACCGCAAGACCACCUCCGACUUCAACGCCUUAAUCCUCGUCUGCGUGGUUAGCUCCAGCUUCGCCCUCGGCAUCUUCUUCAUGUUCAUCUACUACUGUCUCUUGCACCCCAACGGCCCCAUCUUCAGCCACCGCUCCGUGGGCUGCAUCUUCCGCCAGGAGCCGCCCCCGGUGCCGGGGUCGCCCGUGGAAGCCGUCACCAGCCCCCCGCGCUCGCUGCCGCGGACUACAGGGGGGGAGCGGGACGGGGCGCCGGGGGAGCGGGACAGCUGCGUGCCUGUCUUCCAGGUGAGACCCUGCGCCCCGCCGGCGCCGGCCGCCCGAGCGCCGCGGACAGAGGGGCCCGUCAUCCGCAUUGACCUGCCCAGGAAGAAGUACCCGGCCUGGGAUGCCCACUUCAUCGACCGGCGCCUGCGGAAGACCAUCCUGGCGCUGGAGUACGCGUCACCCACCACCCCCCGCCUGCAGUACCGCACCCCCGGCGCCCCGCAGGAGGUGAUGGAAUACGAGACCACCGUGUAGGCUGCGGGGCGUGAGGCUGCGGCGGGAGCCCCGGUGCCAGCCAGGCCACCCUGUGUCUCCGCAGCUGUUUGCCUUCCUUUAGGUUUGCCGGCGCUGCCGUGUCGCCGUGCCAAGCAUCCCGUGGGCGGUGGCCGGGGAGGUCUCUUGGUGCUAUCCCCUCCCCGCGCUGCCUUCCCGCAGCCCAGACCUGUCCCACCCGACGGCGGCCACCCGCACACCCUCCAGGGCUCGUCCUUGCCAAAAUACCUCACCGGUGCCUGAGCCCAGGCCGUGGCUGCUGUGGCCCAUGUCAGUGGUACCGGAUGGGGACCGGGGGCACCCUGGGAUGGGAGCUAGCAGCUUCAAGGGGCACGGUGGGGCACGGUGGGCAGCACACGGGAACGCAGGUGCCUGUGCCACGGCAGAGCCGUGGGGAUGGAUCAUGGCUGCCCUGGGGUGUGCAUGGGGCUCGUGACCCCCAGGGAGCUGGGGCAGGGACAGCCGGGGGCCAUCCAGUCCCCCCCGUG